AUGAGCGCGGGCAAAAUAGAGGGAAGGAACCCCUUUCCUCGGCUUGGUUCCGCCUGGUGACCCAAAAACACGGGUUCGCGAAUAAGGACGCAAGGAGUUCUGCUGCUGACUGCUUGGGAAGCGGGGCUUCUCAAAAAAAGAUAAUGGAUUGGCGGGGUCGUUGAAACGACCUCCGCAACCAAUUGCUCAUCUGCCUUCCUGGAAUUCGUUCAAAGGAGGGGAAGCAGGAAAUUUUCAGUACUUGUCCAAACACACAAAUCUAGCAAAGCUUCUCGGCGCUACUCUGUUCUCAUCCCUCAUUCUUCUUGUUUUCGUAUCCGUCUCUUCAUUUUCCUCGUCCUACCCUCAUCUUACCCAUCGAAAAGGCAGGAAAAAGAAACAAUGGCCCCUCCUUUCCGCGCCGAGCACAUGGGCUCCCUCCUCCGCCCCCAGCCCCUGCUGGACGCGCGCGAGGCCAUUCGCGAGGGCAAGACCCCCGAGGCCGCUGGCCUGCCCGCCCUCGAGAAGCAGUCCGUGGCGGACGUGGUCGGCCUGCAGCAGCAGCUAGGGUUCCGGGCCGUGACGUCGGGCGAGUACAACCGCACACGCUUCUGGGGUCUGAUGUGGGACGAGUUCGACGGGGCGGUGGCCCUGCAGGAGGCCGAGGCGUCCAUGUUCCGGCUGUACCACCCGGACGUGGUGUCGCUGAUCGAGAAGGACCGGCAGGUGAUGCCCGGUGACAGCGUCAUUGCGGGCGCGAAGCUGGGCUGGACCGAGGGCCGGAGCGGCAAGGCGAACCUGCACGAGCUGUCGCUGAUCCAGGCUGCCGUGCCGAAGGAGAAGUGGGCGGAUAUCAAGCUGACGCUCAUCACGCCGGCUUGGUUUCACAUGCGGUACAAGCAGAACAAGGCCUGGAAGGAGGGCGUGUAUGCUAGUGAUGCGGAGUACUUCCAGGACGUGGCCAAGGUUUACCAGGCGGAGCUGGACGCCCUGUACAAGGCUGGUCUGAGGAAUGUGCAGUUUGACGACCCUGGUCUGGCCUACUUCUGCUCGCAAAAGUUUCGCCAGGGCUGGGCUGAGGACAAGGACAACAUCGGCACCGUCGACGACCUCCUGGACGCCUACAUCCAGCUCUACAACGACUGCAUCUCCAAGGUUCCCUCAGACAUGCACACGGGCGUGCACCUGUGCCGCGGCAACUUCAUUGGCGGCCGCCACUUCGCCGAGGGUGCCUACGACAUCAUCGCCCAGAAGCUCUUCACGCAGCUCAAGGUCAACACCUUCUACCUCGAGUACGACACGGAGCGCGCCGGCGGGUUCGAGCCCCUGAAAUUCCUGCCCAAGGACAGGAACGUCGUCGUGGGCGUCAUCUCCACCAAACUGCGCAACCUUGAGGACAAGGAGGAGAUGAAGAACCGCAUCUACAAGGCUGCCGAGUUCGUCGCCGAGGGUACGGGCCAGACCAAGGAGGAGGCCCUGAAGCAGAUCGCCGUGAGCCCGCAGUGUGGCUUCAGCACCCACGAGAGCGGGUAUCCCCUGAGUGAGGAGGACGAGAAGAAGAAGCUGGCGCUGGUGAGGCAGAUUGCUGAUGAGAUCUGGGGUGAGCCUUAA